AUGAUUGGAACAACCAGUCUUCGAGAAUCCAUUGAUCCUGCAUUAACAAGACCAGGUCGACUCAAAGUUAGCAUAAAAUUUCAACUGCCAAAUCGGGAUGACAGAACGAAAAUUUUUGAUAUUUACACAAAGCUCAUGUUACAGCAUCAUCUAGUAGAACAGAACAUUGAUAUUGAAAGAAUUAUUUGCGAUACACACGGCUUGACGGGGGCUCAUAUUGAACAACUAGUACGAAUAGCAAUAAAUAAUGCCUUAAGAAGAGGUGUAAUGGCACGUGAAACGCUGGAUGUGGAUGAAACAUCAGCAGAACAAAUACGAAUUAAUAAUUCUGAUUUUACAAACGCAUUACGAAAAGCACGAUCAAUGGUACAUGGUUUUUGCAAAGAAAAGGAACAUGAUUAA